AUGGCCAUGAUGCAGGCAUCAGGGGGUCCCAGCCCCGGGCAGACCUGCGUGCUGAUCCUGAUCUUCACAGUGCUCCUGCAGGCCCUCUGUGUGGCUGUGACUUAUUUGUACUUCACCAACGAGCUGAAGCAGAUGCAGAUCAAAUACUCCAAAAGUGGCAUUGCCUGUUUCUUAAAGGAAGAUGACAGCGAUUGGGACCCAAAUGACGAAGAGAGUAUGAACAGCCCCUGCUGGCAAGUCAAGUGGCAGCUGCGUCAGUUUGUUAGAAAGAUGAUUUUGAGAACCUAUGAGGAAUCCAUUCCUACAACUUCAGAAAAGCGACAAAAUAUUCCUCCCUUAGUAAGAGAAAGAGGUCUUCAGAGAGUAGCAGCUCACAUAACUGGGACCAGUCGGAGAAGAAGCACAGUCUCAAUUCCACGCUCCAAGAAUGAAAAAGCACUGGGCCAGAAAAUAAACGCCUGGGAGACAUCAAGAAAAGGACAUUCGUUCUUGAAUAAUUUACACUUGAGGAAUGGAGAGCUGGUUAUCCAUCAAACAGGGUUUUAUUACAUCUAUUCCCAAACAUACUUUCGAUUUCAGGAACCUGAGGAAAUUUUGGGAACAGUUGCAACAGAAGAGAACAGAAGGAAAAAUAAACAAAUGGUACAAUAUAUUUACAAAAGCACAGACUAUCCUGACCCUAUACUGCUGAUGAAAAGUGCUAGAAAUAGUUGUUGGUCUAAAGAUUCAGAAUAUGGACUCUAUUCCAUCUAUCAAGGUGGAAUAUUUGAGCUUAAGGAAAAUGACAGAAUUUUUGUCUCUGUAACUAAUGAGCAAUUGAUUGACAUGGACCAAGAAGCCAGUUUCUUCGGGGCCUUUUUAAUCGGCUAA